AUGGAUCAAGUAGUGCAAACCGGUCGGACCGUAGAAGAGGCCGUAGACCUGGCACUCGCAGCGCUCGACGCAGACCACAGCGAGGUGGAGGUCGAAAUACUAAGUAGGGGACGCCAGGGAUUUCUGGGCAUAGGCGGUGAACUGGCAGAAGUCCGCGUAACGCUCCUUGUUACAGAUCCGGUCCCCGAAGGUGACGAUGAGGCGGAGGCUGAAUCGGAACCCGACGGAGAAGCCCCGGAUUCCGGCCGGGAGGCAGCUGCCCCGGCGGCGGGUACGCCCGCCGAACUGGCCGUGCAAUCCGUGGAGCGUAUUCUCGAUAUGGUGGGAGCCGAGGUAGACGUUACGUUACGGGCAGAACACGAUGAGGCGGCCGGGGGGCCCGUAAUUGACAUCAACGGCCCGGAUUCCGGGUUGCUCAUCGGGCGGAGAGGCAACACCCUGCAGUCAUUGCAGUUUAUCGUCCAGAGCAUCGUCCGUCAGCAGUUGAACCAGGACGUUCGAGUGUCGCUGGAUGUGGAGCAAUACCGGCAGCGACGGGAAGAUUCCCUGCGGGAAAUGGCCGACCGCGUGGCGGAUCGUGUGGCGCAAACCGGCCGCAGCAUCACCCUGGAGCCCAUGACACCUUCGGAUCGCCGGAUAAUCCACAUGUUUCUGGACGAACGCGGCGGCAUACGAACUGAAAGCGUUGGCUACGGUGAGAGCCGCAAAGUUCAGAUCAUUCCGGAGCGAGAUUAG